UUAGUCCUCCUGUGCGUGUACGUGUAGUGUACUUUCACGCAGCAGCCGACUGAGAGCAAUCAACUAAAGACCUACAAAUCCGGUUUUCAAAAUAGCGGAGCACAACGUUGCAGCUUCUCGCACGGGAAAUAUGGUGGAAACAGCUCACAGUUUGAUGCCCGAAAACGGAAAGAAAAGAGACGAGGAUUCUGAAGACGGACUAGAACUUUCUCCGUUUUGGGGGAUCGAAAAAGGCGCUGUCCUUCAAGAAGCGCGUUGUUUCAAUGACUCGCAACUUGACACCCGCCGCUGUCAGCAGGUGAUAACCAAACUUUUGUAUUUGUGUAACCAAGGCGACUCUUUCACCAAGACGGAAGCUACAGAAGUAUUUUUUGCUGUCACAAAGCUCUUCCAGUCAAAGGACACUAACCUUCGUCGUAUGGUUUACCUUAUUAUAAAGGAAAUAUGUCCAACUGCUGACGAAGUCAUUAUUGUAACCUCCUCGCUGAUGAAGGACAUGAACAGCAAAAUAGAUUUAUAUCGUUCGAAUGCAAUAAGAGCACUGUGUAACAUAACAGAUGCUGGUCUUCUGGGGCAGAUAGAACGAUAUCUUAAACAGGCUGUAGUUGAUAGAAAUGCUGUCGUUGCGUCAGCUGCCCUCGUAUCGGGAACACAUCUGUUAAAGGUGAACUGUGAAAUUGUUCGCCGUUGGAGCAAUGAAGUUCAAGAGGCGGUCAAUUCAAAGGGUCCUUUUGUUCAGUUUCAUGCCCUUGCCCUUCUUCACCAAAUCCGGCAGAAUGAUAGAUUGGCAGUCAGUAAGCUGGUAACUCAAAUGACACGGAGUACGAUUCGCUCUCAACUGGCUCACUGUCUUGUAAUUCGAUACGUCUUUCAGGUCAUCAAAGAAGGCUCAUCAUGUAGCGGCGAGAAUCGUGGUGAAAGACCUUUUUAUUCUUUUCUUGAAAGCUGCUUGCGACACAAAUCAGAAAUUGUGAUGUUUGAGGCUGCAAGGGUCAUAACAGAGUUGACUGAUGUGACCAUUCAAGAGCUUCAGCCUGCUGUUUCAGUCUUGCAGCUUUUCUUGUCAUCUUCGAAACCAACACUUCGUUUCGCUUCUAUUCGUGCUCUCAAAAAGGUAGCACUGUCGCAGCCCUCUUCUGUGACCUGCUGCAACAUGGAUAUGGAAGGCCUCAUUUCUGACCAUAAUCGAUCCAUAGCAACACUUGCUAUUACAACUCUGCUCAAAACUGGGAAUGAGUCUUCGGUUGAACGUCUUCUGAAACAAAUUGCAACUUUUAUGGCUGACAUUCAGGAUGAUUUCAAAAUUGUUGUCGUUGAGGCUAUACAGAGCCUCUGCCUUAAAUUCCCGCAAAAACACCGGGUUCUUAUGAAUUUCCUCUCCAGUCACCUCAGAGAAGAAGGUGGCUUCGAUUACAAAAAUUCAAUCAUCCAAAGCAUAUUAUGCUUAAUAAAAGAAAUUCCUGAGGCUAAAGAUUCAGGCUUGAGUCACCUUAGCGAGUUCAUUGAAGACUGUGAAUUUACAUACCUAUCCUCACAGAUUCUUCACCUACUUGGUGAAGAAGGACCAACUGCUUCUGAUCCAAGCAAAUAUAUCCGAUAUAUUUAUAACCGCGUUAUUUUGGAAAAUGCCACUAUUCGCGCUUCUGCUGUUUGUGCACUUGCAAAGUUUGGUUUGCUCUGUCCAGUUUUGCUGCCUCGCACUUUACUUCUGAUCCGUCGUUGUCUUUACGACAAUGAUGAUGAAGUCCGCGAUCGUGCUACUUUUUUCGUCGCUGCCAUGCAGGACCGAACGUUCGGAGCUGACGGUCUAGAAAGUCACCUCAAGUAUCACUUGUGUGCCCUUGAAUCCUCUCUUUCUGAAUAUGUUUCAGGCUCUACAAGCUCCUCUUUUGACAUAAGUGCUGUCAAAUGUGCACCCCGUGAGAACAUUGCUGACCCUGAUGGUGUCUUGGAUCUCGAAGGCAAUAGUCACCCUAAUUUGGAUGACGGUUUUGACAGAGAACUGCAGGAUGCUGAACGUUCGGUCGCUAGUAUCGUUCAGUUCUCGCACUUCGGACCAAUCUUCAAGAGCUGUAUAGCUGUUGAGCUUACUGAAGCGGAGACAGAAUAUAAGGUCACUUGUAUCAAGCAUGUCUUUAAGUUGCACGUUGUAUUUCAGUUCAAAUGCACAAACACUAUCAAAGAACAAGUCCUCGAAAAUGUUUCAGUGGCGAUGGAGCUUCUGGAUGGAGCAGGCUGUUUCGAAGAGUGUGCAUCAAUUCCAUUGGAAUCAAUGCCACUUGGCAAAUCAGGUUCCACAUAUGUUGCGUUCUCAAGAGUUGAGGGAAAACGUUUUUCAGCGAAGUUUGCUUGCACUCUCAAGUUUACCUCUAAAGAAGUUGAUCCCAUUAGUGACAUACCCGAGGAAUGUGGUUAUGAAGACGAGUAUACAAUAGAAGAUGUUGAGUUAUCGCUGCUCGACUUCAUGUGCAUGACGCCAUUGUCUAAUUUUCGCAAGGCCUGGGAUGCGUUGCCCAUAGAGACCGAGACAGCCAAUGAAUACAGUCUUGGUAAACGUGAAAGCCUAGGAGAAGCAGUUGAAACGGUUACGAAGGUUCUGGGUUUGCAGCCAUGUGAGGGUACUGGUGCAGUUCCACCAAAUGCUCGCUCUCAUACAGCACUCCUUUCUGGAACUUACGUGGGGGAUGUCGCUUUACUUGUCAGGCUCAAUCUUGGGAUCGACGUGUCAAAUGAAGUAGCAUUGAAACUGACGGCAAGGGCAGAAGACGCCAGUGUUUCAGAAGUUGCGCAGUUAAUCGUUUCGGAGGCAUAGUGAUACGUCUAUGGGAGAACUACUUGAUUUUAUCAUGCCUUAAGACCGAGAACAUUCAUGUACACGUCGCGUACAUUUAGACUUUUUGUUUUCUUUAAAAAAAGUUCUCGAGCACUGAUAAGAU